UGAGGAUGGCGUGCGCAGGCGCAGGACCGGUUUCGGGAGCGUGAGGGACCCUGCGGACCGGAAGUUGAGGCGUUCGAGGCGGCGAACGAGGGCCCGAGAUCCCAGCAUGAACUUGUGUCCAUCCCAGAGAUCACCACAGGAGUCAUGAGGUGCCCUGUGUGUCACCAGCUUGACCCAGGCCGCAGGGCAUUUACUCUGCCAGCACCUGCCUUGAUCCUAUCGCACCCCUGAGGAGGAAAUUAGCUUUUUGAAGACAAAGUGCUUCCUUAUUACAGGCACUGGCCUCUCACUGCAGGAGGUGAGGAAUAUCUGGUCUAGGUGAUCAGAACUGAGGCCAGUUUUGUGACAACACCGGGAUUAGCCACGGCAUGCCGCCUCCCAGAACAAGGGAGGGCAGGGGUCCCCGAGACCGACCCCCGGCUCCCAGUCAGGAAGAGGACCCGGAGAAAUGGGACUGGAAUUGUCCAGAGACACGUCGCCUCUUCGAGGACGCCUUCUUCGGUGAUGAGGAUUAUAUCCGGCAGGGUUCUGAGGAGUGCCAGAAGUUCUGGACCUUCUUUGAACGCUUGCAGAGAUUCCAGAAUCUCAAGACCACCAGGAAGGACGAGAAAGACUCUAGGCAUCCCAAGCACAGCAUCCCGGCACUGGCCGACCUACCUCGCGCUUAUGACCCACGCUACCGCAUCAACCUCUCCGUCCUCAGCCCCGACACUCGGCGCUCUCGGGGGCUAGGCAGGCGCCUGGCCCCGGAGAGAGUGUCUGAGUUCCGCCAAGCCCUGUUGCACUACCUGGACUUUGGCCAGAAGCAGGCGUUUGGGCGGCUGGCCAAACUGCAGCGUGAGCGCAUGGCACUGCCCAUCGCCCAGUAUGGGGAUCGCAUCCUGCAGACGCUGAAGGAGCACCAGGUGGUGGUGGUGGCAGGUGACACGGGCUGCGGCAAGUCCACUCAGGUGCCCCAGUACCUGCUGGCCGCUGGCUUCAGCCACGUGGCAUGCACCCAGCCCCGGCGAAUCGCCUGCAUCUCACUGGCGAAGCGGGUCGGCUUUGAGAGCCUCAGUCAGUAUGGCUCACAGGUCGGCUACCAGAUCCGUUUUGAGAGCACACGCUCGGCGGCCACCAAGAUUGUGUUCCUGACAGUGGGGCUGCUCCUGAGGCAAAUCCAGCGGGAGCCCCGCCUGCCGCAGUACCAGGUCCUGAUCGUGGAUGAAGUCCACGAGCGGCACCUCCACAACGACUUCCUCCUGGGUAUCCUCCGGCGCCUGCUGCCCCAGCGACCUGACCUCAAGGUCAUCCUCAUGUCAGCCACCAUCAACAUCUCGCUCUUUUCCAGCUACUUCGGCAGUGCCCCCGUGGUACAGGUGCCCGGGAGGCUCUUCCCCAUCACGGUUGUGUACCAGCCGCAGGAGGCCGAGCCGACAACAUCCAAGUCGGAGAAGCUGGACCCGCGGCCCUUCCUCAGGGUGCUGGAGGCCAUUGACAAUAAGUACCCACCCGAGGAGCGGGGUGACCUCUUGGUCUUCCUCAGUGGCAUGGCGGAGAUCAGCGCCGUGCUCGAGGCCGCCCAGACCUACGCCAGCCACACCCAGCGCUGGGCGGUGCUGCCGCUGCACAGUGCCCUCUCUGUGGCCGACCAGGACAAGGUGUUCGACGUGGCCCCACCUGGAGUCCGGAAGUGCAUCCUCUCCACCAACAUCGCUGAAACCUCAGUCACCAUUGAUGGGAUCCGCUUUGUCGUAGAUUCUGGGAAGGUGAAGGAGAUGAGCUAUGACCCGCAGGCCAAACUGCAGCGGCUGCAGGAGUUCUGGAUCAGUCAGGCCAGUGCUGAGCAGCGUAAGGGCCGGGCGGGCCGCACGGGCCCUGGUGUCUGCUUCCGCCUCUAUGCCGAAUCGGACUACGAUGCCUUCGCCCCCUACCCUGUCCCGGAGAUUCGGAGGGUCGCCCUGGAUGCACUGGUGCUGCAGAUGAAGGGCAUGAGUGUGGGGGACCCCCGAACCUUUCCCUUCAUCGAGCCCCCCCCACCAACCAGCUUGGAAACGGCCAUCCGCUACCUCCGGGACCAGGGGGCCCUGGACAGCUCAGAGGCCCUCACCCCCAUUGGGUCCCUGCUGGCCCAGCUGCCUGUGGACGUCGUGAUUGGGAAGAUGCUGAUCCUGGGCUCCAUGUUCCACCUGGCGGAGCCUGUGCUCACCAUCGCCGCCGCCCUCAGCGUCCAGUCGCCCUUCACCCGCGGCGCCCAGAGCAACCCCGAGUGUGUGGCGGCGCGGCGACCCCUGGAGAGUGACCAGGGUGACCCCUUCACGCUCUUCAACGUCUUCAACACCUGGGUGCAGGUGAAAUCUGAACGGAGCAGAAACUCUCGCAGGUGGUGCCGCCACCGGGGCAUAGAGGAGCAUCGGCUGUAUGAGAUGGCCAACCUGCGGCGCCAGUUCAAGGAGCUGUUGGAAGACCACGGGUUGCUGGCCAGGGCCCAGGCUUCGAAGCCGGGGGACAGCUACAGUCGGCUACGGCAGCGUCGGGAGCGCCAGGCGCUCUACCAGCUGAAGCGCCAGCAUGAGCAGGGCCAGGGACGCAGGCGCAAGGUGCUGCGGCUCCAGGAGGACCAGGACGGCUGCUCCAGCGAUGAGGACCGGAGCGGCGCAGCCACCCAGGGGGGCGGCGACAACGUGGACAUCCAGGAUGUGAAGUUUAAGCUCCGGCACAACCUGGAACAGCUGCAGGCGGCCGCCAGCUCAGCCCAGGCCCUGACUCGGGACCAGAUGGCCCUGCUCAAGCUGGUGCUGGGCCGGGGCCUCUACCCACAGCUUGCCAUCCCGGACCCGUUCAACAGUGGCCGCAAGGACUCGGACCAGAUCUUCCACACCGAGACCAAGCAGGGCGCCGUGCUGCACCCCACCUGCAUCUUCGCCAACAGCCCUGAGGUGCUGCACACACAGGAACAGGAGGCCAGGGGCGGCGAUGGGAGCCGAGAUGACAAGGACAAGAUGAGCAGCAGGCACCAGCUCCUCACCUUCGUCUCCCUGCUGGAGACCAACAAACCGUACCUGGUGAACUGUGUCCGCAUCCCCGCUCUGCAGUCCCUCCUGCUGUUCAGCCGGUCCCUGGACACCAGUGGUGACUGUUGCCGUCUGGUGGCCGAUGGCUGGCUGGAGCUCCAGCUCGUGGACAGUGAGAGCGCUGUCCGGCUCCUGGCGGCUUCCCUGCGGCUCCGGGCCCACUGGGAAAGUGCCCUGGACCGGCAGCUGGCCCACCAGGCCCGGUGGCGGCUGGAGGACAAAGACGACGAGGAGACGGACCCAGUCAACCGCAAGGAGGUGGCAGCCCUGAGCAGGGAGCUGCUGCAGUUCACGGCGUCCAAGGUUUCCUACAGCCUCCGGCGGCUCACAGGGCUGGAAAUCCAGAACCUCUAUGUGGGACCCCAGACCAUCACUGCUGCCCCCAGCCUCCCUGGCCUCUUUGGCUGCUCUACCCCGUCCCCCCAUCCCACCAAAGGGGGCUACGCAGUCACUGACUUCCUCACCUACAGCUGCCUCACGAGCGACGCGGACCUGUACAGCGACUGUCUCCGCACCUUCUGGACCUGCCCCCACUGCGACCUGCACAUGCCCUUCACGCCCUUGGAGCGCAUCGCCCACGAGAGCACCUGCCCCGAGGCCCCACAGGACGGUCCCCCAGGGGCUGAGGAGGCUGCCCCCGAGCCCCUCCAGAAGGCAUCCGCCCUGCAGAGGCCCUACCACUGCGAGGCCUGCCAGAAGGACUUUCUGUUCACACCCACGGAGGUGCUGCGGCACAGGAGGCAGCAUGUGUGAGCCCAGCCUGUCCUGGACCAGGACCAGGGCCAGGGCCAGGGCUCCCGCCCAAGCCCCCAGCCUAGACGCGGAGCUGUGGUCUGGACCCAGCCCCGCUGGGAGGGAGCAUAAAUAUGUGAAUAAAGUCUCACCGAUGGAA